GGUUUUUCUGUGAAUCGACUGCUGCUGGCUGAUUGUUUUGAUUGAUAAAUGGUCCAACAAUUUGUGUUUUAAGUAAGCAGUAACCUCAGAAUAUAAGGUGUUGGCGAAUGAGACAUAAACUGUAAGUACGACGUACUCCCUAUAUAAAUAGUCUUGUCUCUAAAGCAUUGUAAAAUGGAUUUAGCAUUACCUGGGUCUUCUUCAAUGGAUAUGGAAAUCGAUAUCAAUCCUGAGAAAGAUUUAACUAGCAAAUUUCUAAAUGGUGAAAUGUCGUUUGCCGAAUAUUCAAGCGAGUGGUAUGAUGUUGAGGAUGAAGAGGAUAUUGAUGAUACAAGUAAACCAAGCGACGAGGAUCGUUUAUCGCCUUCUGCCCAUUUUAUGGAAAAGGGCACACUUCGGCGUCGUAAGUGCACACGACUAUCACCAGCUCUGAUGGGUUUGAUGGGUGAAGCCAAUUUAAGAUUUGUAAGAGGUGACAAAGAAAUGGCAGAGAAAAUGUGUCAUGAAAUUAUUAAACAAGUGCCUACGGCUCCAGAACCAUAUCAAACACUUGCACAAAUAUAUGAGCAUGAUGCUGAAAAAUCACUUCAGUUUUCAUUGUUAGCUGCACAUCUCCGUCCAUCAGAUGCUAAUGAGUGGUUGAGACUGGCAAACAUUUCCAAUCAAAAAAAUGACACCAGGCAAGAAAUGCUGUGCUACACUCAAGCAGUCAGAGCUGAUCCUCAUAAUUUAGACAUUCAUUUGAAAAGGCUUGAAGUUUUAUCUAUUUUGGAAGAUAUGAAGUACCCUGUGCAUACCAUGAAUGUCAGCCGUGUCAAAUGCUAUCACAAAAUAGUGACAUCUCUGCCUGCAAGUGAAGGAGAAGUGAUCAUGAAGUAUGCUAAAAUGGCUGCAACUUUGUACCACAAUAGCAAUGAGGUUGAGAGAUCUCUUGAAGUUAUGGGUGCUGCAUACAAAAAAUGCUCCUCUCUCUUUACCCACGAAGAUUUGAAUAUACUUUUGGAGCUGCUAAUUUUACGAAAACAAUAUCAAACAUGCUUAGAUAUAUUUGUAGCUAAUGUUGGUGUGGAGAUUGAAGCUGAAAUACAAACUGUAAAAAAUUCUGAUAAUGAUGCAAUUGAAGAACACACAAAUUACUUGAACUGUUCUAUUCCAGAAAACUUGCAUAUUGAUUUGAAAAGCAAAUUACUAGUUUGUUUCAUACAUUUAGGGUCUAUUAAUUUAGUUCAAACCCUUUUACAAGAUUUUUUAUCUAAUGAUGUGGAAAAGGCUGGUGAUUUAUACAUGGAUAUAGAGGAAGCUCUAUCUUCUGCUGGCUACCAUGAGUUAGCUAUGAAACUAUUGGAUCCUUUAGUUAAAAAUAAUAGUUUCGAUCUUGGCGCUGUUUGGCUUAAACAUGCUGAAUGUCUUCAUAACUUAGGAAGAGAGGAUGAUGCCAUUGAAUCAUAUUAUAAAGUUCUAAAGCAUGUUCCUCAGCAUCCAGAUGCCCGUCGAAAAUUAUUUACCAUUUUAGAGAAAAAGGGAAAAAUUGAUGAAGCACUGAAUAUUUUGCAACAAGAUUACAGAUACAUUGUCAGUGCUAGCUUGCUUUAUGAACAAUGUUUGGCAUUAAAAAAGUAUAACCGCUUACUUAAAUACUUAGAAAAUACAAAUUUGUAUCCGAUUUUGAGGUUGUUAUUGCCUAAAUAUGAAAGAGAAAGAAGUCCAUAUAAUAUGAAAGAGACUAAACUUGCCCAAUUACUCGUCAGAGUGUUGUCUCUAAGCAAGCAGUCGCCAGCCGCUAAAAGAUUAAUUAACUUUAGAUCAGUAAGUAAUACUCAGGAUAGCGAUUUUGCUGGUGUGGCAUAUUACGCUCUAAAAGGAAUUCUUGGUAAAAACAAAGGCGAUCUUACUGUGGAGGAUAUCAACACAAUACUGGAUAAAAUUGCCACAGCUGAAGUUGGAAACAAAGCACGGGUUCUAAAUGAAGCAUUUGGAUAUGCUAUUAGACAUUUAACACCUGAACAGUUAAAAUGGUUUUUGAGACUUAUCCUCAAGGAUUUGAAACUUGGUAUUGAAACGAAACGUAUUUUGGCUGCCUUUCACCCGGAUGCUCCUGAAUAUUUUGAGACUUGCAAUAGCAUUUCUAAGGUGUGCGAAGAAUUAGAAGAUGGAGACAUACGUCCUUUAGAAAUGGGUGUUAAAAUGUUUUAUGCGAUUAGUCCUAUGCUCUCCGAAAGAUUGGACGUCACGGAGAUCCAUCGACAACUCUUUUUUGAUGGCACAACUUAUAUUGUGGAAAAUAAGUUUGACGGGGAAAGAUUUCAGAUUCAUAUGGAAAACGGGAUAUUUGAGUAUUUUUCAAGAAAAGGCCACAAGUAUUCUGAUAACUACGGUAAGACAUACGAGUCUGGCCUACUGACACCAUUCCUCAAGGACUGUUUUAACCCGGAGGUGGAGAGUUUCAUUAUUGAUGGGGAGAUGAUGGGAUGGCACAAAGCGAAUCAUUAUUAUAGUUCUAAGGGUAUAUCAUUUGAUGUCAAAAAGAUAACAGUCAGAUCAGUGUUCCGGCCUUGUUUUUGUGCAUUUGACGUCUUAUAUUACAAUGGCAAAGCGUUAGUGGGAUCCGCAGAAAGAGGAGGAGUACCACUCAAGGAAAGACUGGAGAUCCUAGACUCCAUGUUCACCGAUGUGACGGGAGUUAUCCAGCACAGCCGGAGAGAAACUGUCAAAGAUAGCACCGAUGUAUUGAACAAGCUAAAUGAAGCUAUAGAGAAUCAAGAUGAAGGGAUCGUGGUGAAAGAUGUGGAAUCAUACUACCUGCCUAGUCGACGAAACGCUGGGUGGUACAAAGUGAAACCGGAGUAUACUGAAGGAACUAUGGACGAUCUCGACCUCGUAAUAAUUGGAGCUGACGAAGCUGAAAAUAAGAAACAAGGUCGAGCCAAGAGCUUCCAUGUUGCUUGCCUCGACGUCACAGGAGGAGCCGAUGCCCCGCGCUGGGUGUCGGUGGGCCGCGUGGCCACCGGGCUGUCGUUCGACGAGCGCGAGCGGCUGUGCGUGGCGCUGGAGCGGCGCUGGGUGCCGGCCGCCGACGCGCCGCCGCCGCCCGAGCUCGACUUCAACAAGGAGAAGCCAGACUUCUGGGUGAUGCCGGAACAUUCCACAGUAUUACAGGUUCGCGCCACCGAACUCAUCCAAAGCGUGGGCUUCGGCACCGACUACACGCUGCGCUUCCCGCGCGUCGUCAAGAUCCGCGACGACAAGCCCGUCCGUGACGUCAUGACCCUCGAGGAGUUUAAUGCACUCGUCUCGAACAAAGGACCAGUUGUGAAGCUGAGCUCAACUCAAGUGCGGAAGGAAUCGAUGGGCGAAGGGAGAAGCCUCAGAAAGCGCGUCGCUAAAACAGUGAAGGUGGCGGACCAAUUCGUUACCACGCCUUCGAGCUCAGUGGAGGUGGUCUCCAAGGCCCUGCUUGGCAGGAAAGUGUGCAUCCUGUCGGACGACGACGACUGCAAGAAACUAGAACUGAGGAAUAUUGUAGAAUCGCACGGCGGGACUUUCGUUUCAAAUAUAGGUCCAGACACCUGGUGCGCAGUGGUCGGUCGGAUCACAAGAAGGGAGAACGAGAUAAUCAAAUCCCAAGAAGUGGACGUAACCACCACGGCCUGGCUGCGGUCUCUACCGCGCUCGGAGUCGCCGUGCAUUCUGCCACCGCUUGAAACGCUCGCCAUGAAAAAGGCGACCAGACUUGCUAUGAGCAAUGAUUACGAUUGCUUCGGCGACAGCUACACCGAGCCGAUAGAUGAGGCUACUUUGCGGAAAUGCUUUGAGAAGAUGGAUAGAAAUGAGCCGCAAAUCUACCUGACCAAUCGCGAGAUGCUGAGCCUGGACCGCGAGUUGUUCGGCGCCAGUAACCCGCACUCGUUCCUGCGCGCCUGCUCGCUGCACGUGGCGUGCCGCAGCGGCGCGCGCGCCUCCCAGGCCGCCAUGCGUGGCGCCGCGCGCGCCGACGUGCUAUCGCCCGCGCUAACGCACGUUGUAUUGCCGGCUGACGCGCCGCGUGCUGAGGUGGCGAGACUAAAACGCAAGCUUACAGCGACGAUUGUGUCCGAGAACUGGCUGGAAGCCUGCUUCGCGGCUAAGGCGCUUGUGCCUGAGGAUGAGUUUAUACUGUAAUUCGAUAAUCUUUCAUAUUCAUUUAUUCCAUAAAUCUUUUAAAGCGUAUAUCCAUAGUUUUAUACUAGUCAAGAGGCUAAAAGACUCGUGCUCUCGCCCGCGCUCACGCACGUAGUACUGCCGGCUGACGCGCCGCGUGCUGAGGUGGCGAGACUAAAACGCAAGCUUACAGC